CGGCCAUGAGCGCAUGCGCCAUGAUAAUGUUAUGGAAGUCGGAAGAUGAAGAUGGAAGCCGGUCCUGCAGGGCGACGCACGUUGCACGUUGUUUUGGCUUGACUAAACAACUAUAAUUGUGGAAUUAUAAUUAGGUGCUAUAUUUUGAGUGAAGAGUCGUAACUAAUUCAGAAAGGACGAAAAGAGACAAUUGUUUGGCCCCCAUCAUGGCAAACCGGCACCAACUGAGCAACAUUUUUUUGACGUAAUUCAAACGAUUUCACUACCUCGUGAAUGUAAAGCAGAGAGAUGGAUCUGGAACUCGACUUUGAUUUCAUGUCCUUCGACAAUAGUUCGGCGUCUGCAGAGGAAUUGCAGAAUGACGCCCAAAAUGAGAUACUCAUGGGCUACCCUUUGUAUGUAACCCUUUUGAAUAACUUAGGUUAUAUGAAGCAGUCACUACUGAAAAGGAACAAAGUUAUUAGAAAGCUCCAAUCUUCAAAACAAGUUGUUUCAAGUCAGUUGGAGAAGACUAAAGCAGAUCUAAUAGUGGCGCAAUCAGAUGUUGAACGCUUUGUUGAUAAUAUGCAGUUGUUAAUAGAGACUCACAAUAACGAGGUAGAAAAGCUGAAAAACAUGGUUGCAGACAGCGAAUUUCAAAAGCAGCAACUUUCUUUUCGUCUGGAAGAAAUUACCCAAGCAAACCGAAGUGAAGUGAAACCAAAACUCAAGGCUAACAACGUCUCAGUUAAACUUCCAAAGCUCAAAGCCGUCAAACAAAACUACGCUACAGUAUCUUGUCAGACAGAUUUGUGCAACUCCAAAACAUCCAAGGAUUUCAGUGUCCAGACAGACUUGUACAACUCCUCCGAAACAUCCAAAGAUGUCAGUGUCCAGACAGACCUUGAGCUGGAAGGGUGCCCACGGAGCGUUGCCAACUCUGAACUGGGCGACUACAGAUUUUUACACCAACUUGAAUCGCCCAUUUCAAUGGUGUCGGACAACGGGGAUUUUGAGACUGUCUCCACCAUUUGGAGUGAAGUUCCAGAAGUAGCAUAUUCGCAUUCAACUGUGCAGACUCCAGCUCAGUGUCUUCCCUUUUCUGAGGUUACAGAAACUGGAAAUAGUCCUGAAGAUCUGGCUGAGGAUAACCAUCAAGCCAUUGUAGAAGCUCAAACUGAAACAAGUCGGAAAGAACUCCAGAAUAGCAUGUUUGAUGCUAUUGAAGAAAAUGAAAAUUUGCAAGCUGCUUGUAGCGUGCCAUUUAUCGACCAAUGUCUUACAACAGAUAUUUGUCGGAAUUUAGCCUCUGAAACGCCAUUGGAAAACCACCAUAUGUCUGAACUGAGAGUUAGUGAUGAAAAUGUUUUGGGAAUACAAAGAAAUCAGCGAAUUCCUCAAGCAAGUAAUGUACCUGAUCAACGGGAAGCUCUGGAAAUCCCAAUCACCUUGCAAGCAAUUUCUCCAGAUAUUUCAGAUAAACCUUUAGAAGACCUUGAAAGAUCCCUUUCUCCUCAACUAGACAAAUGUGAAGCAUGGCCUAGAACUUCAGAGAAGGGUGAAACAACUGCAUUAGAGGGAAAAUCUUUGGAGGAAAGCACAAGUUUAAUAUCAUCCAAGAAAAAAGUGACUAAAAUCGUCUCUCGUGCUCUUUCAAAAAAAUCAAUGCUGCUGGCAAGUUUGUUUGACACACCUGAUGAGGAGGAUUAUCAAGCUGAAGAAAAUAUCCCUUCUAUUGUAGAAGGGACAAGUCAAGAUUAUUGCAAGUCCUCGAGGCCUGCAGCACAUUUAGCAUCCUUAUCAAGGACAAUUGAGCCUUUCUAUGAUAAACCAAAUGCCACUUUGGAGGAAGAGGAGAAGGAGAUGGAACUUAUCCUGAGUGAAAUGAGCUCUCUGCCUCCGCUUAUUCAACCUCUCUCGCCAGUAGUACACAAAUUGAAAAGAAAGGCACUGUUGACUAUGGAUCACGGGGAAGAAAAAAUUGCAAAAUUUGAGGAAGAUUUUCACUUAGAGCUGUUAGACGAAAAGUUGCAAAAAAUUAUUAGCAACCCCCUAUCUCCUCUGCAGACGUUUGAUUAUACGGAAGGUGAAACUCAAGAGCCCAAAGAUAAUGGUUUUCAGGUAACUGAGUGCCAGGAGAGAAUGAAUGUUGAAAAAUCAGAAGAAACAGAAGGAAUUUUAAACUUCAGGAAAUCUGUUCUUUCGGGAUCUUAUGAUCUCGGUCAUAAAAUAUACAAAGGCCACAUUUCUUGCUUAAGUGUCAGCACGGAACAUUUUUGCAAGGGAAUGCUAGAUGACUUAUUUUACAAUGCUAAAAUCAUGUCUGUGGAAGUGACACCGGAAAUCCUCUCGAGAGCUUUUAUCAUAGGGGUAGCAAAGGAGCGAUGGACCCCUUUGAUCAAGGACAAACCACCCUUCCCUCUGACUUUGUAUGAGAGGAGAUCCAUUUUCGUCAUUAAACACCUGGAGGAUAGUCAAGAACGCUGGGCCAAUUUGGGAGUAACCGUCAUCAAAGAGGCUAUCAAAGUGCUACUCUCCCUAAGAAGACCUAAAAUUUUACGUGCGCAGAAAGAUGAAAAGUCACUUUUGUCAUCGCUAACAAGACUGAUCUCGGCUCUCUCAAUGCUAGCCAAGGAGCCACACUAUGCUAAGGGUCUUUUGCACUACAGCUGCCUCUACCUGCCCAACCAGUUUCCCACCAUUUACAAAACUCUAUUCACCACUUGGCCUAAACUGCUUAAAGCAGGACAAGACAAGCUCUUGAUUGACUAUCUAUGGCACUGCAGCCCAAAGGAGUCUCGACUUGAACUGCAGGAACUCCUAAAGUCUUUGCUUGGCAAAAACUUUGUACCAUCAGACCAUUUUGAUAUCUCUAGUUUAAAUGAUUUGACGCUGUUGAAGCCAAGAUGACCAUCAGCAAAAUGUUGCAAAGUCCUUCAUUUUGAUUAAAAAUUUGCUAUCUGAAAAGAAGAUUAAAAAAGAAACAGUUUGAUUUAAAAAGAAAACACCUAUAGGUAUUUAU